CCGACGGUUCGGGCCCUCGGGGUACACGCUGCAACGAAGACAGCUGGAGGGAAAAGCCAUGCUGGCAAGAUCACACCAAGGGAGCCCCGAGGCAGCCGUGGCAAACCGUUUGCUACUACCUUCGAGGAGGUAUUUUUUUAUCGCACAUUUUCAGCGGCAUGCCAGGGUGCGCUCCACUUGCCAGAUGUUGUGGUGUGAUUGCGCCCAGAAAAUCUACCAUCCAAUUGUGGGAGAGCCACGGCAAAUUCGCCCUGUGAACGGGCCCAUAGUGUAUUAUUUAUUACAGUGCUUAUACGUCGCCUUGCUUUACACACGGCUUCCUUUGGGCGCGCUUCUGGCUGGAAAGUGAGGCAUAAACAUGUCAACGAAAGAAAGCAAGCAUUCAACAGGAGCCGCUUUCCUUGCCCUCACUGAAUUUGUGUCUUAAUCGAGUUUCUUGUAUACUCGGAGAUCAGGAGGGAGGGGGCAGCAUAUGACUAUUUCAAAGCACCGCAAUGGAGCGAAACUUCUAAUUCGGCCCGCUUUACUUGAGUUUUCACGUUGAACUUCAUCUAGUCCCACCGCUUUUGUCCAACGCACGCACGAUUCUACCCCUUGCAAUCGAGACCCGAAAGUCUCGUUCAAGAAUCAUAGAGACUACCGCCUAUGUCACCAGCUUGAGGAUCAACCCGGAAACGGAAAGAGAUUUCUUUGUUCUUCCUCUGAUGGUUGCGCCUGAUUUGAGUAGGAGUCUCGGGAUAUCGCCUUCCUUGGGGGCCCUUGGUGGGGGGGCUGUGUCCCAUGAAAAGAGAUCUAUGGUUGCUCCGCCUUUGCCGUCGCCAUCAUGAUGCCCGUCUUCAAAAGCAGCCGGCGCGACUUCACUUUCGGGCCGUGGAAGCUGACCGCCGCUCGGACCCACAUCAUGAAGUCGGCUGAGGCCGAAAGAAUAGCUGAAGAACUGCGCAUGCCUUGUGUCCCAGAAAUGAUGUUUGGAGACAAUGUCUUAAGAAUUCAGCAUGAGUCUCAGUUUGGAAUUGAGUUCAAUGCGGUUGAUGCUUUAAGAUGCGUAAAUAACUCUCAGGGUGUGGUUAAAGUGGCCUGUGCUGAAGAGUGGCAAGAAAGCAGAUCUGAGCCUGAACACGCAAAAGAGAUUGUGAAACCAUAUGAUUGGACUUACACAACAGAUUAUAAAGGAACACUGUUAGGUGAUACGUUAAAGUUAAAGGUUUCUGCCACAACAGAACAUAUAGACACAGAGAAAUUAAAAGCCAGGGAACAGAUUAUGUUCUUUGAAGAAGUGCUGCUGUUUGAAGAUGAACUUCAUGAUCAUGGAGUUUCAAGCCUCAGUGUCAAAAUAAGGGUGAUGCCUUCAAGCUUCUUUGUGCUGCUGCGGUUUUUCCUGCGAGUUGAUGGUGUGCUUAUCCGCAUGAAUGACACAAGGCUUUACCAUGAGGCUGACAAACGGUACAUGUUGCGGGAAUACACGUCUAGGGAAAGCAAAGUAUCAAGUCUAAUGCAUGUUCCUCAAGCCCUGUUCACAGAGCCUAAUGAGAUUGCCCAGUAUUUACCCGUGAAGGAGACAGUGUGUGAGAAGUUGGAGUUUCCAGAAAAUUUGAGUCCUGAAUUUGCAGCAGUGCCAGAACACACUUAAGUGGAAUUCAAAUUUUGUGGACUUGAUACAGACUUUCUUCUGGAGAUUAUAUAGUCUCUUGGCCAUUUCUAUUGAAGAUCCCACUACUUGCUGGACCAGGAUCAUUCUGUAUGUGUGAAAAAUAUUUCUGUAGCCCUGGGGAAGGAAAAAACCCAAAAUGCCGAUGUUGUCAGUGUUUUCAUUGUCUCUUUAUUUCAAAGUAAUGGAGCUAUUUAAUAGUUCCAGUUCACAGCCAGUUCAUCCAAAGCUGGAAAGUAAGCCCUCAAAUCAGGAGCAAUUCUUCUGAAGCUUGCCAGACUCAAAGGUUUAGAGGCCUUUUAAAAUGAGCCAUCCACAAGCUUAAAUGGCUCCUAAGAACUUUUAACAUAGUGUUUUUGUUAUAGAAGGGCCGUGUUGUAUAAUGCACACACUAACUAUGCUUUCUCUUGAGGUCAGAUUGGCUCAGCUUCCUGAAGCUCACAGAUGCCUAGUAGGUCUGUGAACCUUGAAUAUAUUGGAUGGCGUUUUUUCAUCAGUUGCUUGAGAUCUGUCUAUUUAAAUGAGAAGGAUGUAGAGAUGCUGUUUGAUAUUUCCUACAGGAACUUUUCACAGAGCUAGAAAAAUAACAGAGCUGCAUAAUAAAUCUGGCAAAUAUCAAUUCACAUUUGGAUCCCAUAUUGUCUGCUUUUUGCUAGUAUUGAUCCUCUGAUGUUGGAGUGGGCUAGAUAUUAAUAGGGUAUAGUUUCAUUUAAGUGGAUUGCACGCUACCACAUUCCUGAUAUUCUAAAAUGUUGCCUGUGAUCUUAAAAAAAAUACCAGGGUUUAUAUUGUUUACAGUGGUAGAAUAGGUAAAUGCACCUGCUGUUUCCUUUAUAAAGGACUUUAAUGUUUGUAAUUGACCUUCUCAUCUCUUUAGGCCACCAGCAAGCUUGUUUGGCCUGCACUGUAAAGCUUAACCUAAACACAUCCUAAUAUGACUGUAAUGCUUGUUCAAUUGUGUUCCAGCAUUAGGCAAUGCAGUUUUGAAUAUGAAACUCCACUCUUGCCUUUGCUUCUCCUAUUCUUUUUCCAUGCCAGAAGGUGAAAACUUGCAUUCCAUCUGCUUGUCCAUUCUGCUCUGUUCUUAUUCAUUUCUGCAUCUAGCAGAUUAAGCACAGUGGAAAACUUAUCUUAUUUAGGUUUUGUUUUUUGUUUUGUUUUUUAAAAAAAACAUACAGCUACUUGUCUUUUUUCCCCUAUGUGAGGGGAGAAAGUUCUAGAAAGGAAUUUAAGAUCAUGGCUCAUUUAGAAACACAUUAAAGUUCAGAUUUGUUUUGGACACUGGGAAUCUGUUCUGCUAUCAUCAUAGAAUUUUUGUGUAGCAGUGUAAAGCAGAGGCUAACAAAAGAGGUUGGUUAUUUUUUUUCUGUGCCACUGAGAGCUUAGUUAGAUGAGGUGCCAGAAGAUCCUUGGUUUUUAAAAAGCAGCUUGUGGAGAGCCAAAAUUUGAAUCAGUAAGUCAGCAUUAGGGGAGGGAGUUCUCUUACCCUGCCAUAUGAAAGCUUUCACAGUACAGGUUUUUUCUCUCCCUAGGUGAGCUGCAGUUUGCCCCAAUAGGGAAAAACGCCAUACUAUUUUCCACUGCAGGGUAAAUAGCAAACUGGGGGGCAGGGCGUGCACACAGGCAUGUACUGGGUGGUGGGCACUGAGAAAACAGUUUGAGGGGUAGGCUUAACUUACACCCCUCUAUUGUCAUAGCUGCCCUCUAUAAAUUUUAAAACCAUGGAAGAUCACAGAAGUUUGUCUAGUUUAUCCCUAAUUUGUCUAGUUUAUCCCUAAUUCACUUAGCAACAUUGAGUGGGUUGAAAUAAUCAGUGCCUCAGUGUCUUCAUUUAUAAGAGGUGGAAUACCUAUCUUAGUGGGGGUUUGAGAUGUGCUGUCUGAUUCUCUGCACAUUUAGGGGAAAGUGCUAUUGAACACUACUGCGAGACUUAAUCCUAAGACUUGUUUAUGUGUUAAUCAUACUAACCCUAAAGUGGCAAUGGUAGAAGGUUCACAGCUGAAUAUACCUGUGUAAGGAAGAUACCCUGAUUUUGCAAAUUGCUUUUCAAUUCAGUGACGUCUAUUGCUUUUUAAAAAAGUACUUUGAAGAAUGAAGCCUAGUAAAUAUUUUGACUGUAAUAUUUAUUAAGGAAAAAUUUAGAUGGUCAGACUUAUCAUAUAUCUGAGGAUCCCUCAAUGCUUCAUACUGUCCAGUCAUGAGUGCUCUUCUGCUCUCAUUCAUGAUUAUAUGCCAAAAUAGAAUAGAACUGUUUUCUUGCCUGACUGAAGAAGGGAUGAAAUAGGAACAGGUGCUUUCUGCAAAACAAAUACUCAUUUAGUGAGAGGGGAAGACAAUGAAGCAAAAACAAGCAAUUCCUGCAUCUAGCAGAUUAAGCACAGUGGAAAACUUACCUUAUUUAGGUUUUGUUUUUUAAAAAACAUAUAGCUACUUGUCUUUUUUCCCCUAUGUGAGGGGAGAAUGAAAAAAGUAUGAGUAUGAAAAAAUGAAUUCUGUUUAUCCAAUUAUGGCCUUUUAUGUUGACAUAGGCAGGGAAGUUAUAAUUGAGAUAAACACUGGAACUGAUGCUGUCCAUACUUAUGUCAGCUGACAUAACACCAUCAUGAAGGUCAAGUUACAACAAUUUAUACUAUUCUGUUGUAGCACAACCAGGUAGGGGGAAAGAUACAGCAAUACCAACAGGGUGACUGGGGAGAGAGGAUGGAUUACUGUGUAUUGUAUAACCUAUUGGUCUCUGUUUUUUAAUAUAAGAGAUAAAAUAUCAACUUGUCAGUUUCAGUUGUCAUGCAUCUUGAUAUAUAUGGCAGAAAUGUAAUGGGGGAAGAGAAUGAGAAUCCUGCAUCCUUUAUUCAUUAUUGUACAUGUCAUGUGACAUACAGGAGAUCUCACUGUCUCAUUUCUGGAAAGUGUUCUGAUGUUCAGCUAAGUUCCAAUGGCAACUGGAUACAACCUAUAAAGCUGUAUUGCCCCUUCAGUUCAUAGAGAAGCUGCUCAUGAGCAAUAUUUUGAGACUAUACCCCAGUCUCUGCAUCAAAAGGCCUUUCUUUUACUGCUCACUAGUUAAACUUGUGAUGGUUUAUACUUCCGAGCACCUGUCACUAAAUAAAAAUGUAU